AUGGGUGAGAAGAACCGAACGGAAUCCGAGAGAGUUCUCCUAUCAGAAACCGCGGAGAUUCAGGCAGCUCGCUCACAUCUACGCGGCGGCUCGGCCGUGGCCUCCGGCUCGCCUUACCAGCUUGACAAUGAACAGGUGACGAGAGCGUCGACUGCGUUGUUGCGACACAUCAAGACGAAGCAGCAAGAGCAGGAAGAGUCUGCGACGAAGAAGACGCUGAUUGGAGAUAACGACGACGAGUCGGAUGCCGAAGACGUCCCUCUUCACAAUGACCCGGUAUGGCUUGUGCUCACGACCAAGAAGCAUGUUGUCGACAAGAACCGUCUGAAGCCCGGCAAGAUCCCCGUGCCGCACUCUCUUAACGCCUCGCCCUCGCUCAGCAUCUGCCUGAUCACCGCCGACCCGCAGCGCGCGGUCAAGGAUGUCGUGGCGGACCCUUCGUUCCCGCAGCACCUGUCUUCUCGCAUCAACCGGGUCAUCGGGUUGUCGAAGCUGAAGGCCAAAUACCACAGCUUCGAGAGUCGGCGGCAGCUGUUGGCCGAACAUGACGUCUUCCUGGCGGAUGACCGGAUCAUCAUGCGACUGGUGAAAACCCUGGGCAAGACCUUCUACAAGUCCAGCAAGCGGCCGAUUCCGAUCCGCAUUGCGGAGAUCGAGAAGGUCGACGGGAAGCGGGUGAAGAAGGAUCCGAAGAAGCGAUCGGCCAACGCCGCCGCCGACGACGAGCAUAACGCCUCGGUGGCCUCGCCGCUCAUCGUGGCCAAGGAGAUCGAGAAGGCGCUCAACUGCGCGGCCGUCCAGCUCGCCCCGGCCACCACCGCUGCCAUCCGUGUCGGCUCCGCCAAGUUUACCCCCCAGCAGCUGUCGGAGAACAUCGAGGCCGUGGUGAAAGGUCUGACGGACAAGUUUGUGGCCAAGGGCUGGAGGAACGUCAAGGCUCUGCACAUCAAGGGCGCCAAUACGAUGGCCAUGCCCAUCUGGCUCGCCAGUGAGCUGUGGCUGGAAGAGGCGGACGUUGUGGAGGCAGUAACGGUCGCGGCGGGCGAUGAGACGAAAACGAUCCAAGGCGCCCCCAAGAACGACAAGAAACGCAAGUCGAGCAACACCGAUGAGGAGAAGCUCCUAGCGGCGGCGCCCAAGAAGUCCAAGAAGGCCAAGGGCAGCGAGGAGGAUGCCGACGAGGCCGCUGCCGUUGCCGCGCGCAAGGCCAAGCUUCAACAGCAGAAGGCCCAGGCCCUGGAAGACGGGGACGCGUCGGUGUCGAAAGGCGGCAAGAAGAAGAGAAAGUCGAUCUCUUAAACAAAAAAGAAUUGAAUAUGAUCCCCCCGUUUUUUUUUUUUUUCCUUUUCACUCUUCAUUUUCGUUUUCAUCAGGUGUUCCAUGGGUUGAUAUUUGUCCUUGACUGC